AUGCCAUCGGAGUGCGUGGAUGGAACACGUAAACCUCCAAAAUAUCUUUGCGAGCCAUCGAUCAAAAGAAAGAGAAUCAGAAAGCGCAAUUCACAAGUUACUCCGAUUGUUAAUGUCGAACAUUCGACAUAUAGCGGCGUGGAUACCACAAAUCAUGCAGCUUUUCUUUCCGGGAAAAAUGUCAGUCAUGCAGAAAAUAUUCAACCCCAUAAAACCGACUCUCUUGCGGAUAUAUUUGAUCAAACAAUUGAUCCAGCGUACUUUGACACUACGUGGAUAUCCAACUUCACAGAGCAAAACUCUACCGGCACUUUUGCGGAAGAAAAAGGGCAUUUCGCUUCAUUCUGUCGGGGUAGUCAACACUGGACGUUUUCCGAGGAAUUAUCUAGCGAGUCCGAAAAUGGUGGAGCAGGGACAUCGGAUCAACCCCUGGAGGGCAUUCUCGAGUGCGAAUCACCAGAAUAUCCAAGCUCCCCCGCGUACAACAUAUACUUUGGGUUCACUAUUGAAAGUGGAUGGUCGGGUACAUUCUUCCCUGACGGGGAUGACGAGAAGCCGUGGAAUGUUCACGGUUAA